AUGACAGUCCCCAAAUCAGAGUACAUUUCAGAAGUCUGGAAAGAUGGUCUUUUCGCCGGUAAGGUCGUCUUCUGCACUGGCGGAAAUGGCUCCAUCUGCUCCAACCAGGUACGCGCCUUGGUGCACCUGGGCGCCAACGCAGUCAUCGUAGGGCGAAACGUGGAAAAGACCGAGCGAGUAGCUAAGGACAUCGCCACCGCUAGAGCGGGUAGUAAGGUCAUAGGCAUUGGUGGUGUCGAUGUACGGGACCUUGAGAGCCUCCAGAAGGCCAUUGAUGUCUGUGUCAAGGAGCUGGGCGGCAUCGACUUCUUGAUUGCUGGAGCCGCAGGCAACUUCCUCGCGCCUUUAUCGCAACUCUCAUCCAACGCAUUUAAAACAGUCAUGGACAUUGACAUCCUCGGUUCCUUCAAUGUCACCAAACUCGCCCUGCCCCACCUUGUCGAGUCCGCAAAGCGACACAACUCCUCAUCUACUCUUCCCAAGACCUCCACCUCUGGCCCUGGCGGCAGGAUCAUUUAUGUCUCCGCCACCAUGCACUAUACCGGCGUCCCCCUUCAAACCCAUGUGACCGUUGCGAAAGCAGGCAUCGACGCCCUCUCCGCCAAUGUAGCGCUCGAAUAUGGGCCCUUCGGUGUGACUUCCAACAUCAUCGCACCUGGUCCCAUCGCCAACACCGAGGGUAUGAAUCGCCUGUCCAAGCGAUCUCGGUCUAAGGAACCAGAGGGGGCGCCCCAGGCUCCCGGGAUCCCUGUGGGUCGGUGGGGUUUGGUCAAAGAAAUUGCAGAUGCAACUAUCUUUCUUUUCAGCGACGCCGCAAAUUACAUUACUGCCGAUAACCUCGUCGUGGACGGCGGGUCGUGGAGAAUAGGUGCAGGUAGUCCAGGUGGUGACUUUAAAUAUCCUGAUUUCUUAUUGUCUGGCGAAGAGGUCACUGGUGUGGGUGGCAGUAAGAAGCGGAAACCACAAGAUUCGAAGAUAUAG